UCUACUGUUUGCUGAUGGAACAGAAGGUCCUCAGUAAGUCCUCCAUGGUGUCUAGACUGCCGAAAUUUGGUGCCCGUCCUGUCAGUGGUACCCCCUCAUCCCUUCCCAAUGGUACAGCCCAGACUGCUCUCACGCAAGAUGGCAAGAAUCCCCCAGCUAGGCCAAAUGGAGUGGUCAGAGCCUCCUCCUUCUCCAUGAAAUGGAGAAAGGAUAGUGGUGGGCCGGUGGACCCUUCAAACACAGUUGAGGGCACGAUACCAGAAGAGAGGGAAGAAGUUUGUUCCCAAAAUUCUACAGGAAGUAGGGAGUUAAAAAGCCCUUCUACUCCCACAACCAAAGUGCACAGGUCUGCCUCCUCAUUGCCCACUGGAAGCCCUAAAUCUGCACCCAAAACCCCUAAAUCCUUCCAGAGUCCUAAACCAAAGUCCAAAAUUUCUCAAAUCACGACAGCCUCCAAAAGUCAGGACAUAUCCCAAAAAAGCUCAGGCUCGAAGCCAACUCAAAAUGGGACUUCAUCUCUGGGCUAUUCACCGAGCCAAGCAAGCUCUUCGGGGCUUCAGCGAUCAAGGGCGAACUCCAACUCUACUCGAAGCACCUCUAAAGACAGUUUGUCCCAGUCCAACGACAGCCUCUCGCGCCAGUCACUCGUGCCUGACUACUUGGUGCGUUCUCAGAGCUUCACUCACUUCAAGCAACUGCCCUCGCAAACAUCCGCACCCAUGACACGCUCCUUCUCUUUCAACAAGGCAGUGGAGCUGGCCAAACCGCUAGCUAAUACACAGCUCCGUCCUCCGAGAACACUUGGACUCAAAUCUCCUUUGAGUCUGAGUAAAGGCCGGCUAGUGCUUGGUUUGGGAUUUGAAAAGGGGAUAACAGAUAGACUACCUUCUGAGAAUCCUUCUUCAGGGAGUUUAACACCAACUAAUUCCAUAAAAAGGCCUCUUCUGCCUAACUCUGUGCUGACAAAACCCUCAUCACAGGCCUACAGGCUAAAUCGACCAAUUCCUGCCAAACCGCAGUUCCCUCUAGUGGUUGGGAGGAGCCCAGUGGCUCGUGACAUUAUAACCCCGCCCCUCUCUCCUGAAUUGCUUCAUUGUGCCACAAAGAACGCAUCAGGUUCCACAGUUUCCACAGUUUCCCCAGAGGAGCCCGUGACCGAGCCAGGGCUGGAUGGGAACCUCAGCUACACUGGAGAGGGAAUGGAGGACAUGUCUCUCUCCUCUGCAUCUUCUCUGGAGAGGAAUGACACAAGUGAAGAGUUCCUAGAUGACUUUGAUCAUCUAGGCGACCAGUCUGAAAAUGGCAUCCAUUUGAACAAAAAUCCUGUGGCCACUCCCACCCAAAUGCACAUACAGGGAUUCUUUAAUGAGACCGUGGACUGGACUGGGAUUGGUCUGGCAGGUGACAAGACAGAUUCAAGUGAUCCGCCGCUCAUGUCCCCUGAUGUGGAUCGUCACACGACCUCUUCUUUGGAGCUCUCCCCCUCUAACAGCUCUGGAGGAACAUACAUGUGGGAUGAGGAGGGCUUGGAGCCGCUGGGACACAACACACACAUACACCGUAGCAGCAGUUAUGAGUCAGAUCUCAACAGCAUUGACAUUCUGAACAACUUGGAUAACACUGGCUCAUGUGACCUGGAAGAUGAUGACCUCAUGCUUGAUGUGGAUCUGUCAGAGGACGGGGCCUUACUCAAUGAUGGGAUGGCCCACUUCGAGCGCUCUGACAGGGGAGGCCGGCCGACUCAAUGGAGGAGGAGACAGCAGAGAUGGAGUGGAAUGGAUCAUGCUCACAAUGACAACAGGCUGGCUGGGUUUCAUCGGCCCUUCCAUCCUGCAGUUCAGCAAGACAGUCACACAGUGGCGCUAGAUGAACUCACUCUCAAGCACAUGACGGAGGACUGCUCAUCUGUCAAAUCACAGCUGCUCAGACUUAAGAGUCUGUUGCAGAUUGAUGAUGGUGAGAUUAUUCCAGAGAGUUUGGAUUCCAGAGAAGAUGACAACAGAGCCCAGAAGAUGGAAGAUCUGAUGAAGGAGGUGGCGCAUCUCAGGGAAGAGCUGAAAAAUAAAGAUAAAAUCAUUACACGACUCACUCAUCAACAGCAUCAACAAUCUCCGGUGAGAUGUCAGUGUCAUCAGCAGAAAUCAGGGGUCAAAGGUGAAAGAAAAAGAACUCAUCAUGAUAAAUCCACUCAGACGACAUGGCGACCGCCGCAUCAUCACCCUGCUGCUGUAUCCACUCCGCUCCUCUCUCCCUGGCAGUGCCAGUACCAGACUGCACCUCGUGCCAGCAUGCCUCAACGCCGGCAAACCUCAAAUACUUCAGCCCAUCAGUCACAUCCCCAAAGAAACCCUCAUCCAGGGAAAACUAGCAAGAAUAGUCCCCACCGGGGGCCACAAUGAAGCAUGCACCGAAGAGGAAUGGCUUCUUGUGUCCUGUCCUCCAGCCAACUGCACCUUUCCAAUUCUUCCUCCUGCUAAAGACCCUCACAUGGAGUCAAAAUCUCUGCCUGACCCAGAAGAGCUGAGCCGGUUGCUUAGCACCCACCUUCGCAUACAAGACGACAGUGAGAAUGACUCACCAGGGGCUGGAGAACAGAUUGCGAAAUUGACCCCUGAAAGCCGUCAAAACAAUCUCCUGCAGCACAGCCCGCGUGUCCUGCAACCUCCACGUCUACACAAAUGGGUAACUCUCCCUGCUCUGUCUAUAGGGGGCGGUAGUGGGUCAAACCCAAAACCAGGAUCCUCAGUGAUCCACCAGGCCCAGCAGCUUCUUCCUCCUCCUCUGUCCAGAGGUUUGCCAUGCUUCAGUGCAGGGAACCACAACAUUACUCGCGGCCGGCUCUCUCAGCCUUGGCCAGCAGUGGUCAGGAGUGAGGCUGACCCUCAACACAAUGCUCCGGUACUGCUUGGCGUCUCCACAAGACUUAAAAAGCCAAAGAUCCAGUGAGGGUCAGCUGCAGCCAUAGACACUGAUAAGGCUACCUCCCUGAAUGCAUGAACACACAUGCGGCUUGCACUAGACUAGGUGGUGUUAGUGGCUAGGUAAUGUUUUAAGCUAAACAAAGCAGCUAAGCUAUCGCAUCUAACUAUGCAACAAAAAGUAUUGUCACAAUCAGCGAAUCUUUCGCGCAAAACUGCUCUAUCACUUCAAACUAAAAGUCACUGAUCAUAAUUCCUUAACCACUAAGAAACCUUUACCACUCACAAUUACAUCAACCAUACAAGAUAAUUAUAAUCUAGCUGGAUCCUAAUGGAUUGAUAAACUGAAGAAAAGACUGACAGACAGAAAUUCAGUCUGAAAGAGAAGGCAAAAGCAGAAAACGAGUACUAGAGAAGUCUUUGUACUAAUACUCAACAAACGUCAAAGAUGACGUGAGUGCUGUGUCAUUGACUGCCUGUGGAGAUUAUUCAAGACACACUCUGUGUCUGGCUAUUUCCCCAUGCGGUGUGCCCUCAGGACACCAACUCAUUUAGUGGGUGAAUAUGACAUUUACAACACCAACCUCCUGAGGUUUAACUGCGAAAACGCAUAUUAUUUUUUUUGCAGCCUCACAGAUCUGGUCUAAAAGAGAGAGUCAUUAUGUCAUGUGACCCAAGUCUUCUCUCCAGUUUCCAAAGGAAAACUUCUCGGUCUGCUGUGAUCUGAUCUGAUCUGUUUGUGUAUUACUUUAUGCCUCAUUUCUCAUCUUUGUCUGAAUUCACCACAUAAACACGAAGAAAACAGUGCAAGCUACAAAAUCUUUUUUUUUCUUUCGUUUCCAUUCCUACAUAACGUCUUGUUUCCAAGUGCAGCAGAGUCUCUUUGACCUAUAGACAGUGUUUUGGCAGGUGGGUAUGCACGCCACUGACAUUGUUCCCUUUAUUUUCACCUUGGCUGCAGUCAUGAUCAGAUGAUUUUCAGUUUAAUUAGGCUUAUGCCUCAUGUGUUAACAAGGUUCUUUUUUUAUGGAUUAUGGCAUGCUCAAAGCAUAAACUUGCUUUUUCAACCCUCCCCUCCCCCACAUUAGUUGAAUACAAUAUUGCUAUAAUGCUUUUUCAUUAUUUAUACAUUAAGAUGUUUACAGUUAAAAUGCCUUUAUUAAUCUGUUUGGUCUGUUCCAGUGCUGCAGGAAUAACAUUUUUGCCUUGUCUUUGGAAUAGAAAUACUCUUGCGGUGAAACUUUAAAUGUACAUAAAGUACCUACCUGAGCAAUUUCUUAAUUUUUGAAAAAGAUUUUUGUCUUGAUGUUGCACUAACUUAUUUUUGGCUCCGCAAGUAAUGAUACUUAAAACAUUAUCAUUCAUGGAAAAAUUGGACAAUUUGUCUUUUGCCAUUAGGUUUGAAUGAUUUGUAGAGGUUGCUUUUGUUACCAGUAGCUGUUUUCUAAGGAGAAUGGUUUUCAGUUUGUUCUCCUUAUGGAAAUGUUUCUCUUUCUUAAGGUCAGAUUACAUAAAUAUGUCUCAGAAGGUUGAUAAGAUUGUCUGUACUUUGAGUUUUUGUGCUUUUGGCAUGCCUUGAUACAUAAUGCACACUGUAAUACAUAAAUAUACAACAAAAUCCACUUCAUGGAAGCACAUGGACUUAUCUGUACUAUGAUUUUAAAUAUGCAAGAACCCACCUCUGUGUGUUUGUGCAAUAUAUGUAUCAGAGGGUGUAUACGUAUCAAUAUAUAUACCCUUAACCUUCAAAGUGGAAGUUUAUUCUAAAGAAAAAAUGUUUCCUUUUUUCCACCAUACAAGGGGCAUUUGGUAUUACAACAUGCUCUUACGUGGGCCAUAUACUUCUAGACACACCCUGAGCAGAGACGGGCAGCCAUGUCUAAAACCAACUAAAGUAAAUCAAUAGAAGAAGGAUAUUUGUGUGUGUUUCUCUCUCACCCAACUCUGUGGUUAUACUAAGCAUAAAAUCGAUGGAGGGCUUGUUUUAUAAUGCUCUGGACGCACUUUGUUUGUAUUUCUCUCUCUCUUUCUGUCUCUCUUUUUAUCGGUGUACGUGUGCAGGAGGAGAGGCCACACAUAAUACGCUGUCUACUUGCUAAUGCAAAGUCGCAGAAGUACAUUGAUUCCGUCUGCUGUGGUCAGAGGUGAAUCGCUCAUGUCAGUGUCUGUUUACAGAUAGGAGCAUCUUAUCUUUCAUUUGCCUGUUAACAAAUGAGGUGAUACACACACAAAAAAUAGUGUAUAAUUAAAGGGAUAGUUCACUCAAAAGCUGCUUAUGUCAUUCCAAAGUAUGAUGACUUUCUUCUGUGGGAGACACAAGUAGAUCUUUAGCAAAAAGUCCAUAUAGUGAAAGUCAAGCACAAAAACGAUCCUGUCUGCUUGCAUUUUGGACCACAUUGAAAAAAAAAAAAAUAUUCCUUUGUGUUCCACAGAGAAAAAAACAGGUUUGGAAUGACAUUUUCAUUUUUGGAUAAACUGCGUCUUUAGAUGUGUCUAGAACUUCAACGUUUCAAGAAUAUCUGCAAAGAUGGCAGUACCUUUAACUAAUAACCAUUAAGGAGCCGCAGUGUAGAAAAACAAAACCAAAAAAGAAAAAACCUUAAUCAAGAACAGUUAAUUGCAUCAAUAAAAUACUAGGUAUAUUUCCUAAUUGCAUUAUUAAGUGCACCUAUACAAAGACCUGAUACUGUUGUGUAAAAUACAUUUAUGACUUGCUGCCCAUGUGUUUAUGACACCACCUGGGUUCUUAUAACCUGAACAAUUCUUUGAAAGCAUGAAAGUGUCUGAAACAAACACUUACUAUAAACUUAACAAUUUCCCUUCCAUAUAGUUCAUAUCUUGUCAUGUUUUUUUCCAACUGCUUUGACAUGAAAGUAUGCAGCAAUUUCAGAAUGCUACCAUUGCUUCAUUGUAGCUUCAUGAAUACAACAGCUACAACCUGUUUGUAUGGACAGAAGAGGUGUUUACUAAAAGAGGAAUGAAUUCAAGCACUUUAAAUUUCAACCUCAACACUGGAGAGACUGUGGUCUUUUUGACCGGUUUAAUUUGCUGUCAUCUUAUAGUGUGCAACUACUUUUAUUUGGCUGUUUGUUUUUUGAUGUUCUGUCCCUGUGUGCCCUGGUCCAGUGGAAGUUGUGAGACUUUAAUAAAGUGAAGGAAUAUAAUUCACA